CUUCGGUCUUGGAACAAAUGCUCUGACUCUGUAGUUGAUAUUAUCCCAACUGCACUUGAGGGAGACUCCAUAUCAACAAAAGAACAGAUACUCUUGACUUUUUCAUUAUUCACAUGAUUCAUCCGACGAGCAUCAAUCACUCCAGGAAUCUCUGCAACAUCGACUUCCCACAAAGACGCCAGAUAUUCAUGUGUUGACAUGCGCCGACGUUGGACAGGACAAAUCUUGCUGUUCCCCAAUGCUGACAUCACCAGUAUCUCUGAACAAACUUCAAUUCGAUCUGUAAAGGUCUGUCUACCUACACCCCUCUACACACCACACAACCAACCAGCUCUAACCAAAUCGGGACCUCUGAAACCCAAGAUGGCUACUAGAUUUAAUGCCCUGAUGGCUACGGUGGUCACCCUGUUGGGGGCCACCUUGGGAGGCCUGUUACUAUGGCGACAGCCAACCCUGAGGACACAGAAGAAGCGGCGUCUAUCUCCGGGUCAGAUAGGGGUCAGCACUGGUCCCGUAUCAGUGGAACAGCUGGGUCCUGUGAAACCAGAGCCUGUCGAGUCCCAGCUAACCCCUGGUCAGAGCCUGGACCUCCUGCCUGUUUCACUGCCCCCUGCUGACCAGCUCUUGGCAGUGCAGUCUGUGAUGGUGAGCUCUGAGGAGGAUUGGGAGCAGCUGUGGCCGUCGCUGCAAAAGGAGCUAUCAGUCUACCCCGUCCUCGGGCUGGACUGCGAAUGGGUGUCAGUGAAUGGUAAGUCGUCAGCUGUCUCCCUCCUCCAGAUGACUUCCUACUCUGGCCUGUGUGUGGUGGUGAGGCUACAGCUGCUCCGAGGAAGCCAGCAGGACUUUCCCCUCAGCUUGAAGGAGGUCCUCCGGGACCCCCAUGUCCUGAAGGUGGGCGUGGGCUGUUAUGAGGACGGGAAACGUCUGACCCGAGACUACGGUCUGUCACUGGGGAGUACCGUGGACCUGAGAUAUCUCGCACUACGACAAAGGAAGGUAGUGCUGAACAAUGGUUUGAGCCUCAAGUCUCUGGCUGCUGACCUGCUCAAUGUGUCUCUGGAUAAAUCCAUGACUCUACGGUGCAGUAACUGGGAGGCUGACCAGCUGACCCCAGAACAGAUAACUUACGCAGCCCGAGAUGCCCAGGUAUCCAUCGCCCUGUUCAUCCACCUGCUGGGCCUCAACUCAGACACCACGCCCUCACCUGACAGUGGGAGUGGCUAUACCCAGCUGGCCAAUCGCUGCCAGGGCCUGGUAGACACACCCUUCAGGGAGAGGGGUGGAGGAGAGGGAGAGGACGGUAAGAGGAAGAGUAAGAAGCGCCAGCAGCCUACUUCGGAAAGCCCCGAGACUGGGGACCAGCAAGUACCAGACCCCAGAAGGAACAACAAGAGAAAACCGCUCGGUGUGGGCUACGCUGCUAGGAAGUCUCCUCUUUAUGACAACUGCUUCCUCUAUGCCCCGGAUGGACAACCCCUCUGUACCUGCGACAAGAAGAAGGCCCAGUGGUACCUGGAUAAAGGAAUAGGAGUGCUGCAGAGUGAGGAGCCCUUCAUCGUGCGUCUGCUGUUUGAGCCUUCGGGACGUCCAGACUCCCAGCAGGACUACUACCUGACUGCCAAGGAGAACCUGUGUGUGGUGUGUGGCAAGAACAACUCUUAUAUCAGGAAGAACAUCGUUCCUCAUGAAUACAAACGUCACUUCCCCUCGGAGAUGAAGGACCACAACUCCCAUGACGUCUUGCUGCUGUGCACUUCCUGUCACGCGGCCUGCAACGUUCACGACGGCUUCCUGAAGCAGCAGCUGGCUGAUGAGCAUGGCGCGCCCCAGGGGUGUGAGGAGGGCGUAUGUCUCCUGGAGGACUCUGACCGCAGGAGGGUUCGUUCUGCCGCCCGAGCCCUGCUCACCGUGGGGGCGGGGCUUCCAGAGGCCAGGAGAGAUGAGCUACAGAAGGUCAUAAGGUCCUUCUUCAACGACACCGACGUGGAGCUGACUCCCGAGACACUUCAGAGUGCUGCAGGCCUGGAGACCAGGAUCUUCAAUGAGAGCUACGUUCCCCACGGGCUGAAGGUGGUGCAGGCGACCGCCGAGCAGGGCCUGAAGGGAUUAAUGGAGCUGGAGCACCGCUGGAGGCAACACUUCCUAUCCACCAUGACACCUCGCUACCUUCCUUCUCUCUGGUCUGUCAGCCACAACCACAACAAGUUACUACGCAGGUACGGAGAGGACCUUCCCAUCCAGCUGAACUGACCUACAGUCACCACAGUCUGGGUCCCAGGCUACGUCUGUCUGGGUCCCAGGCUACGUCUGUCUGGGUCCCAGGCUACGUCUGUCUGGGUCCCAGGCUACGUCUGUCUGGGUCCCAGGCUACGUCUGUCUGGGUCCCAGGCUACGUCUGUCUGGUUCCCAGGCUACGUCUGUCUGGUUCCCAGGCUACGUCUGUCUGGGUCCCAGGCUACGUCUGUCUGGGUCCCAGGCUACGUCUGUCUGGGUCCCAGGCUACGUCUGUCUCGGUUUGUCUGGUACCAGGCUGAUCUCAUCAGCUGUUGCAGCAGCCUCUACCUGGGGAUUACACAGUAUCCCAGAGAACAGACUAAUGCCUACAGGUGAAGGGUUGUAAUUCUGUGUGUGUUCAGUGCCUGCGAUCCUCCUCAGUCUACUGUUGGCUGGACGAGGACAUCUGUUGCUCUGAUCUGAUUGUGGUGCCUUACAUGUUAAAUGCCAGACAGACUGUGCUCAUGGGCCCAGCAGGAUGUAUUGGCUGCCUUACUGACAAAUUGGCACCCUGUUCUUUUAUAUAGUGUAGUACAUUUUGAGAUCUAGAGCCUGAGGAGAGAGACUCUGCCUUGUUGUUCUGACCGAGGUCAAAUAACUCUGUGAACACUAACUGGAGACGAUGGUGCAGAAUUCAUGAUGAAAUCCUAUUGAAUAAAAACCUAAAAAACCACUGGUUUAGGAUCGUAACGAUACCAGUAUCCCAAUACUCUGAGGUAUCGUGGCAAGGAAAACAAAACAUGAAGCAGACUGAAUUUCCUGAGAGGAAACAGUCCUAAUGCUGUCAACCAGAAGCACAUGUUUAUUUUCCUACAACAGACAAUAUUUUACAUCCAGUAGAUUUUAAUGACGCAAGAGUUCAGUCUGCUUUGGGGGUUUUUCCUUGUUGCCAUGGAAAUACCAGGUAUCGUACUCUCUCACCAUAGUGGUAUGGUGACGAUCCCUGCUAUGGUUCGGUUUCCCAGAUUUAAAACUAGUCCUAGCCAGAAAAUAGCGUAGGAGACGAGACUUCAUCUAGGCCCAGGAAACGGGCCCCAUACAGUGCGUUUGGGAAAGUAUUCAGACCCCUUGACUUGUCACAUAUUCUUCAAUGGAUUAAAUAGUAGUUUUUUUUCCCCCUCAUCAACAUCCAUAUGAUGUUGACGUCGAUUUAGAAAGCACCCCACACAUCCCUAAUUGUACAACUGACUAGGUGUGUCCCCCCCCCCCCUUCCUUUCUCAUAAUGACUAAGCAAAAAACUUGUUUUUAGACUUUUGUUGCAAAUUUGUUGAUUUAUUUGACAUUUUUAAAUAUCACAUUUACAUAAGUAUUCAGACCCUCUACUUUGUUGAAGUACCUUUUUGGUAGUGAUUACAGCCUCAAGUCUUCUUGGUAUGAUGCUAUAUGAGUUUGGCACACCUGUAUUUGGGGAGUUUCUCCCAUACCUCUCUGCAGAUCCCCUCAAGCUCUCCUGUGUUGUCAUUGCUUAGGAUCGUUGUCCUGUUGGAAGGUGAACCUUUCCCCCCCAGUCUGAGGUCCUGAGCACUCUGGAGCAGGUUUUCAUCUCUCUGUACUUUUUGUUCUUUCCCUCGAUCCUGACUAGUCUCCCAGUCCUUGCCGCUGAAAAACCUCCCCACAGCUUGAUGCUGCCACCACUGUGUCUCGACACAAUCCUGUCUGAGCUCUACGGACAAUU